AUGCGUCCUUCUAUAAUCCAGCUACUACCAUUGCUUCUGGCCGGCCAUGCCAAUGGUCUGGCCCACGACACCGGAGUAUAUGGGCCCUCGCUGGAGCUGGUCCACCAAUACUAUGACCAGUUUCCCACAGGCGUAGCUGUAUCCUCCACGGGCCGCAUGUUCUCCUGCUACCCUCUGGGCCUGGACGCCAACAACACCCGCUACCAGGUAGCUGAACUAACGGACUCGACCACGGAAGUUCCAUAUCCUUCUGCAGAGUUCAACUAUCCUCCUGGUGGAGCUACAACCGUCAACUACGCCAACCACCUCAUCAGCGUCCAAAGCGUCGUCAUCGACUCCAAAGACCGCCUCUGGAUCCUCGACACCGGCCGCGCCAACACAGCCAACAAUACCCUCUUGCUAUCCUCGUACGGAGGUCCAAAAUUAGUGGGAGUCGAUCUCACCACGAAUAAAGUAUUCAAAACGAUUCUCUUCCCCAGAGAUGCCGUCUACGCAGACUCUUAUCCCAACGACGUCCGCUUCGAUCUCCGCCCCGAUCUUCCCAACACCUCCGGCCAAGGCAUCGCCUACCUGACCGACUCCAGCCCGGAAGGCCGCAACGGCCUCAUCGUAGUCGAUCUCGGUACCGGCAAAGCCUGGCGGCAGCUGGACGGGCUAGCUAUAACGAAAGCAGAAUCCGACUUCCGUGCCUUCAUCUGGGGCGACGUGGUCGACGUGUCCACCGGGACAGAUGGAAUCGCACUCUCGGCUGAUGGCGAAACGCUCUACUUUGGGGUUGUAAGUGGGCGGGAUAUCUACUCUAUUCCUACUGCUGUCUUGCGCGAUGACUCGGCUGCAGGCCGGACUAAGGCUGUAAAGAGCGUGAGCAAGAUCGUUCAGAAGGGGGUCAGUGAUGGUUAUGAGACGGACUCGGAGGGACGGAUUUAUGUGGGGAGCUUCGAGUCCAAUGCGAUUAAUGUGGUGUAUCCCGGGAAUGCGAGCGUGGAGACGUUUGUGAGGGAUCCGAGGAUGGGGUGGACGGAUACGAUGAGUGUGGUGAGUUUGGGGGGGAAUGGGACUGAGGGGAGGGGGUAUUUGUAUUUCACGGAGAAUCAGCUUUGGAGGCAAGAGAAGGAGAGGCCGUUUGCGUUGUUUCGGGUGGGAUUGCCCGGGGGUGCUGGGAAGGUGGUUUUGUAG